AUGUCCAGACCGCGGAGGGCAACCUCUACCAAGACUCACACUGGUGCCGACAAGACUCGCCUUGGAGCGCCGGAAGGCAUUGGUAUGCGGUGUCUUGGGGUUGUCCGCACGUGGAUGGCCACAUGGCGCGGCGACAGAGCCUCCUGCGCUCCUCGCCUUCGCUCAUAUCUGCCUAAUUAGCCUUGUCCUAGCUUUGCUCCAUAAGACACCGCCGUCCGGGGACACUGACGACGUGACACUUGCAAGGUAUCGGCGCCAGACUACGAACCCGCUCUCGACCAUGUGAUCAAGGUUGCUCGAGAUGGAACCGAUGGCCGCGUGCCCAAUCUUCACUUCUCUACCAACAUCUCCAAAGCUAUCGACGAGGCACAAUUAAUCUUUGUUGCCGUGAACACUCCCACCAAGACAGUCGGCUUAGGGGCAGACAUCGAUGGGAUCUCACGCGUCGUUGGUCAGGACAAUCGCAUCGGCAGCCGCAUGCUGAAGGCAUCUGCUGGAUUGGGUGGAAGUUGUUUCAAGAAGGAUGUCCUCAGUUUGGUCUACAUUGCCGAAUCGCCAUUCUAG